CCCCAUCUCUACGGUCUCCUCACAAACCCUAUCUCUGCAAAUGCUGACCGCCACACAUUCCUAGAUAAACCCAUUUCUACAUUCUGGGUUUUCUUCCCUCUCUAAAUCCCAAUUCUUCAAAACCCUAAUAUCCAUGCUUCAGUAAAAUAAAAGGCUCCAAUUUCCCCCAGUUUCUGGUCUGGUCUGGUCUGUUCUGAUUGCCAUUUUACGAUUCCAGAUUCUGGGUUUUCUUCCUUUCUUCAAUUCCUGAAUGCCCAUGUUCCAUUCUUGAUUAAACCCAACAACAAAGACUCUUCCUUUCUCCGAUUUCCCCCAAUUUCUUUUGCCUCCAUUUUUCUGGGUUCGCCGAUUUAACCAUGGAAGGUGCAAUCUUGGUCCCUGCGCCGUCCUCUCCUCUAUCUUCAACUUCUCUUCCCUCUGUGACCCUAACCCAAGAUGAGCUGAAGAAAAUCGCGGCCUACAAGGCCGUCGAGUACGUCGAGUCCGGCAUGGUUCUCGGCCUCGGCACCGGCUCCACGGCCAAGCACGCCGUCGACCGAAUCGGCGAUCUCCUCCGCCAGGGGAAGCUCCACAACAUUGUCGGAAUACCCACCUCCAGGAAGACCCACGAGCAAGCUGUCUCCGUCGGAAUCCCACUCGCCGACCUCGACUCCCAUCCCGUCAUCGAUCUCGCCAUCGACGGCGCCGACGAGGUGGACCCCUACCUGAACCUGGUCAAGGGCCGAGGUGGGUCUCUGCUGAGAGAGAAGAUGGUGGAGGGUGCCUGCCGCAAAUUUGUGGUCAUUGUCGAUGAGUCCAAGCUUGUGAAGCAUUUGGGUGGUAGUGGGCUGGCUAUGCCGGUGGAGAUUGUGCCGUUUUGCUGGAAAUUCACGGCCAGGCGGCUCCAGAACUUGUUUGAGGAUUCGGGUUGUGUUGCCAAGCUGAGGACUUCUUCGGGGGCAAAUGGUGAGCCUUAUGUGACAGACAAUGGGAACUACAUUGUGGACCUGUAUUUCAAGGAGGACAUUGGGGAUUUGAAGGCCGCGAGUGAUGCGAUUUUGCAGCUUGCUGGAGUUGUGGAGCAUGGGAUGUUCCUGGACAUGGCCACCACUGUGAUUGUUGCAGGAGAGAUGGGGAUAACCGUGAAGAAUAAGUAGUAGGGCCGGCACUGAUGUUUCCUGAGGUAGUUUGAAUUUAGUAUCUGACUUAUUAAUGUAGGAGCAAGUUUUUAUAGCUCUUUGCUUUGCAAUCAAAUUGUGGAACAUUUGGCUGGUCUUCAAUGUAACAAAAGGAGGGUUUUGUCUCCUGGUAUUAAUUUAUACUAUUUUUUUUUU